GAGUGAGAAAAAGGGAAAUCAAAUCAGAUUAUCAGAGGCAGAGAAACCCUUCCCCGAUCUAAUUGGAGGUCUCAAACCAGUUUCCCGGGCAAAAAAACACGAAACGAGUUCGUUCGACUGACUCAUUGCGUAACGCAGUGGAUCAGCGGAGGCUGGAAUCCGGAGAAGGACGGUGGAGAGAGAGAGAGAUAUAGAGAGAGAGGUGGUUUUGCCACAGAUGGGAUGGGGAAUGGCGAUAUACGAAGGGGUGCUGGUGGUAGGCUCACUCUGCGGCUUGGGCUGGGCAGGGCUGUGGUUCUUGAACCGCAGGCUAUACAAAGAGUAUGAAGAGAAGAGAGUUCUAGUGCAGAUCAUUUUCAGCGUCGUCUUCGCCUUCUCCUGCAAUCUUCUCCAGCUCGUCCUCUACGAGAUCAUCCCUUUCCUCUCCAAAGAGACGAGAUGGAUUAACUGGAAAGUGGAUCUCUUCUGUUUAAUUCUGUUGCUCGUCUUCUUGUUGCCAUAUUAUCAUUGCUACUUGAUGCUUUGCAACAGUGGUGUAAGAAAAGAGCGAGCCGCACUUGGAGCCAUCUUAUUUCUUCUGGCCUUUCUGUAUGCUUUCUGGCGCAUGGGCAUUCACUUCCCCAUGCCUUCACCUGAUAAAGGAUUUUUUACGAUGCCUCAGCUAGUAAGUAGAAUCGGCGUCAUUGGUGUGACUGUCAUGGCUGUUUUGUCUGGUUUUGGAGCUGUGAAUUUACCAUACAGUUAUUUAUCUCUCUUUAUUAGAGAAAUUGAGGAGUCAGAGAUCAAGGCGUUAGAAAGACAAUUAAUGCAUUCUAUUGAGACUUGCAUCACUAAGAAAAAGAAAAUUAUUCUUGCUCAAAUGGAGAUGGAGCGCAUACAAGGAUCUGAGAAGCUAAAUGGUAGAUCUUUCUUUAAACGGAUGCUAGGUACAGUUGUACGGUCUGUUCAAGAUGAUAAGACAGAGCAAGAUAUUAAAAACAUGGAAGCAGAAGUACAAGCAUUAGAUGAGCUUUCAAAGCAGCUGUUCCUGGAAAUAUAUGAGCUGCGGCAAGCUAAGGAAGCUGCUGCAUUCUCUAGAACUUGGAGGGGACACAUGCAAAAUUGUCUUGGCUAUGCAUGUUCAGUCUACUGUGUGUAUAAAAUGAUUAAGUCUUUGCAAAGUGUUAUAUUCAAAGAGGCUGGAUCUGUCGAUCCUGUUACAAUGACCAUUAGUAUAUCCUUACAGUUCUUUGACAUAGGAAUCAAUGCUGCACUAUUGUCACAGUAUAUUUCUUUGAUGUUCAUCGGAUUGUUGGUAGUGAUAUCAGUUCGGGGAUUCUUGUCAAAUUUGAUGAAGGCACCAAAGAGGAAACGAAAAGGGUGGUAGUGGUUAUCUAAACUGGCACUAUAGUUGUUGCCAUAACAAGCGAAGAAAUAGAAUGUUAAUUUCCAUCAUUUUUUCUUUGCAGUGUCCAGAGUUGGGAGUGGGUCCUCAAGCAACGUUGUGCUUUUCCUGUCUGAAAUCAUGGGGAUGUAUUUCCUCUCUUCCAUUCUGCUGAUAAGGAAAAGCUUAGCCACCGAAUACCGGAUGAUCAUAACCGACGUGCUAGGUGGAGAUAUCCAGUUUGACUUCUAUCACCGGUGGUUUGACGCCAUCUUCGUAGCAAGUGCAUUCCUUUCUCUGCUUCUCCUCUCUGCACAUUACACGUCUCGCCAGGCCGAUAAGCAUCCCAUUGAUUGAUAAGCAAUACCACCGAUCGAUAUAUGAAUCAUGUAAGUACGACUCCCAGAUGCCGUCUUGUCCUUAGACGGGACAUUGGGACAACCCUGACUUGAGAAUCUUUAUUGAGCAUCUCCGCGCAUGAAGCAACAUUCCCCCCUGGAGAAAAAUGUACUAAACAACCUUGACGCCUUGACCAUCUGCAAAUCUCAAAUACUAUGCGAACAGCGGGGAUAUGCAGGAGCUAUGGAGGAAAUAGGGAUCCUUGUAAAGGGCUUCUCUCCCUUUUGGCUUGAUGGAGAAAGUUUCAGUGAGGACAUUAUUCAUUAUUGAGUUCCAUAGAAUGUGAAAGCAAGACUCUGUUUUGUGUGUGGGAGUCUGUGUUAUUUGCAUAGGUUGACUUGGAAAAAUUGAGGUGGAUUCGUUGAUGCUUCUGCCGUGUUUGUAUCUCUACCAAUUCUUUUGUUAAUUAUCAUUUUGCAAUGUGUAAAGCCAUUUUGGUAGAUAGAAUAAAGAGAGUACCUGUAUUGUGGUGGUGUUAGAAGCCAAGGCAUUAUCGGACAAAAGGCGUACUGGGAUUUUAAUUAAUUUCAACUUGCAACGACUAUGUUAGCGAAUUGAGUAGUUCUGGGC